AUGCAGAUGACAGAAUCGCCGUUUUUGCCACGUGAGAGGCUUUUUAAGCAGCAACAAUUUUUCCAGAGCUUGGGCAGGCACACUCACCAGAAAGGGCGUUACGAUGCGAUCACCUCCGUCGGCAUCCCCCUCGCGCUCGCGGCAUCGAGCCUAUUCAUGAUUGGUCAUGGUGUCUACAACAUGUCUCAUGGAAUCGAGAAGAAGCAGUGA